UCAGCUAUUCUUCUCCUCUCUUUUGCAAGAAAAUAUCACUCCCUUUUUGUAGCCUUCCUUCGAAAAUCGCCCAUUCGGAAACCCUAAUGGCUACCGCCACCUCCGAGGUAGUUAUGUCGAUGCUUGAGCCGAAUCCUCUGCUUAGCGUCGAUAUGGUUCGUUGAGUUUGUAAUCAAUUGGGCCCGGCGUAAUUCAAUCAUGCAACUGCGUUCUUGUGAUCUGGUGAAGUCUUGUGACUGGAAAAUGCGAUUCGAUGGGACGUUUUCUGAGACCUAAAUUUCUAGAAAGGUAGAAAGUGAUAAUUGUCCGUAGUCCGUACAGUACAGAGUGAUAAAGAUUAGGUUUGAAUAACUACGUUGAUAUUCAUAGUUAUUGAGUUGUUAGGGUGAAUCGAAUGGAGUCCUCUGGUGCUCAUAAUCAUUUGCCUCCUCGUAAGCGUCUGCUUGCUGAACUGAGGAAGGAGAAUUCUGAAUUCAAUUUUAUGCCGCCUGUUCCUAUUGUUUGGGGUGAUUUUGAUGCCCGGCUUCGUGAUGUUGUCAAUUCCCCAGGAUCGACUCCAGAAAAGAUCAUCGAGGUGUCCAAGUCAGUAGCUUUGGCUGCAUUUGAAAUUGCUGUGGCAGCUAGAAACAAUGCAAUUGAGAAAGCAGCUGCAGCUACAAAGGCAAAAGCUGAUGCCAAGAAUGCAUUGUUAUUUCUGGACUUCAUUACGAUGAAGAGAAAUUCUAGAAAAAUCUGUGCAAACCAGAACAAAGUGAGUAAGAAACAGAUCCCAAUAAAACUCCUCUAUCAGACUAGCCAUCCUGCUGGGAGCCAUGAAACAGAUGAAGAACUAGCUAAGAAACUGCAUCGCACAAUGAAUAGUUUGCCUACAAUCUCAAAUAAUAAGUAAAAUGCAUUUAUGUUUUGUGAAAAAAAAGGUUCUAUAUGAUGGUGAAGUUGUCGUUGUCUGCCACAAAAAUUCACAUAAUUUUCAUGUGAUGAGAAUUAGGACAAGUGAUGACUCACAAGGGAAAAUUCUUAAAUGUUCCAAUGCUGAAAAUUUUGUGAAAAAGAAUUUGGUCAUCUCAAAAAGAGACGAGAAAAUGAAUUAUGUUCAGAUCAAUAGCUGGUAAGGAAAGUGAGAAUUAGGAAAAAAGAACUUUUAUGAAGUACAGCAAUUUUAUGAAGCGUCAAAUUUAGAUAAUGCAGAAAGUAUUGUCUUUCUUUGAAGCUGAAGUCUUCUAGUUGUGGACUGUCAAAUGUCAAUGAAGGCUAUCUAAAAAAGUCUCACAGUGCUCUUAAGGCAGCAAGGUUCUGAAAGUUCUAUAUCAAAAGGUUCAAGCUCUCAAGUGCAUUCUUAGAAUGGAAUUGGUUAUCCAGUUUGAUGGGGAGUCAAAAACGGAUCCUUCGCUGGGUAGGAUUUUGUUUAAAAUUUUUCUUCUACAAAGUGCUUGCUUCAAAUUUGAUGUCAAUUGUUUUCUUUUGUUCUUUUAAUGUUUCGCAUAAUGUAUUUACUACUUCUGUUACACUUGUUCAUAUUUCCCAAUAAGCAAUCUGUCUAUUACUAGCAAUAAUUUAUGGCUUGCUAAUUGUGCUAUUGAUGGCGUACUGAUAGCAUAAAAAGAAAUAUUAAUUCAAUGGUAGUUUAGAUUUAUGCUCUCAUAUCAGAAAUUUGCAGGCAAUAUUUGUUCAUGUGUGAACUAAUAUUAUCUGGGAAUGAUGAAAUUGCUAUACAAUGUAAGUAAUUACAUUUUGGUUUUUCAAAAAUUAUUGUUCCAUCAUCAUAGCUUUAGAUGAAAAAUAGCAUCAUCCACUUCCAUGGAAAUCAUCAGAUAGUUGUAUAAUCAUGGUAUAGUUGGUCUAUAUUGGUUAUUUAAUUUCUUAAGAAAGCUAACAUUGACUAAACAAAAGGAACACUUGAUAGUUAUUAUAUGUUCUGGUAAGCUACAGCAAAUCAGUGAUUACUUAAGCCUGCAAAGUGCAUCCAUCGAUCAUCUGCAACCAAGAGAUUGAGCCAUAAUGUUAGAAAUGGUUGAAAGAUCUGAUUUUGAAGCAGGUUUAUCUCAGUUUUACCCUUAUGUGCCUUCAGUGAUCAAUAAAACACGUCAAAUUGUCAGUAGUGUGCAUGCAGAAGCACACAUAUCCAGCGUUUAAUGUGUUUGUUCUUGUUUGCAUUUGUUUUCCUGAAUAGGACACUGUAUCCUUCACUUGUGAAACAACCGAAGCUAGUAACUAGUUAAAAUUGGUGGACAGAAAAUAAUUGAGGAGUGAACUAGGUAGUUCUUAUAGAUGCAAUAAAUAAAUAAAUAAUUGAUGGGUUCUAGUUGAGUAUCGGAACUAGUGGAGUGGGUCAAGAAGGGUUUUUUAACUACAUUAUACACACUGUAUAUGUAAAGAAGAUGAAUAUGAUAGAGUUUUUACUGAGAAGAAUUAUUCACCAUUACAAGAUUCUAAAAUCUUAGUUUAUGUUACUUUUGAGCUUUAGUUUCUGUAUCUUUGAGUGCAUUAUUUCUAACUUUAUAUGAUAAUGCUAAGUUUAGAAUAGUCUCUUGGAAUGAUGUCAUUACUCAAAGUAUCUUAUUUCACUACCGAACCAGUAUUUCUGCUUAAAAUUGGUUUGUAGUCAACCCUGUAUUUCUAAGUGUAUGCAAGAAUAUGGAAGAUACCACGAUUAUGUAUUGACUUCCCGGUUAUUCAUGACCCUGUAUUUCAUUUAUUUCCUAGGUUUGAACUAUUUUUUGAAAUCAGAUUAUUAUGCUUGAGAAAGUCUUAUAUGCUAGAGGUCCUGGUAUUAGUUGAAAUGCUUGUAAAUUCCUUUUCUAAAUAAAUUUUUUUUGACAGUUAACUCAUGGAUUUUUGAUAUAAUUGACAUCUCGUUUUUCAGCCUAAAUUAUUUCUUCCUUGUCUUGGUUCUGUGUUGAUUUCUGUUGUAUAUAUUGAUACCUUUAUACUUCAAAAAUUUCUGCCAUUCUCUUUUGACAAUCAAUAUAUGCCUUUCUACGCUUUUCAUAUGACUAAUAGAAUAUUUGAAUAACAAUCCCUUCCCAUGUUUUAAUACAAUACAAUAAAUUGCAUGUGUGAUCCUCUUUUGGUAUGAUCUCACACAAAAUAAUAAUUAGUCACUGCUAUACUUCCGAAGCUUACUGAGAUUAGCUGAUAAAUUACUGCUUUAUGGUUGUAAUAAUCUCAGGAUGGUAAAACUGAUUCCAGGAAAAUUAUUACUUGUCAUUAACAUGUCUUCUGUUAACAAAGAAGCAUGUCUCAUUACCAGCUGAGUCAUUCCCUUGGUCUCAAACCUCUCAAUUGCAUUGAUUGCUGUGAUCCUUGUGGGAAUAUGUUUGACAAACUAAUCCUCUUUUUUUUAUAUACUAAUUUCUUUCAGCUCUCGUCUCUUCUCAACCAGAUAAAGAAAUCCAUAUUUUUAAAUUUAUAAAUAUUCUUUUUAGAAAAUAAAGAUCAUCCUGAUCCAGUUCUUGAAUCUCAAGGUUCUCAGCUAGAAACAAAAGUAGGUUUUGGUGUCCCUUAUUAACGCUGAGGGUGCUUGCAAUUACGAAAAAGAGGGGUGUGCUGUUUGACAUGAGUAAUAAUCUAGGUUAACUUCACUCGUUUAUUUGUUUUGCUUCCAUUCAUUUUUUUAAAGUAAUCAAUUCCCAAAUGAAAACACUCCAAAAUAAAUCUAACAAAGGAGUACAGACAAGUGCUUUCUUUGGUUACUAUUUCAGUCUUCAACUCUAUUAAAUUCAAGAUCCUUGCAAACUUGCACGGUUUGUCAAGAGGAACAUCAAAAUGCACCUUGCAGGCCCUUUUCUUUUUCCAACUUUUGAUUUGCCGACCUCUUCAAUCCCAAAAUAAACAAACUAGAUUUAAGUUACUAAAAGUUAGAAAAUGAAGGGAAAACACCAAAAAGAGAGAUAGAGAGAAAGAAAGAGAAGGGUUCUGGUUCCAAUUUUUAUUACAGGAGAGUAAAAGAUAAAGGCAAUACAGUAAGAGAGAGAGAGAGAGAGAGUCGGAUCUCUAUAUCCUUUCAUAUUAAAAGAGAUCUGUAUUCUUACUAAAGGUUAGGGAAGAAAAUCCAGAAACGGUGAGAAAAGAAAAAGAAUGUUAUAUUUACCCUUUAAAAGACAAAAAGAAACUAGAAUAGAUUUUGGAAGAGAAGUAAAGAGAGAGUUCAAGUGGAUGAAUAUUUACACGAGGCCAGGAACCCAUCUCCUUUUGCUAGUCUUUUUUUUUUGUCUGAAAUCCAUCAACGUUGAGAAAAAGCAAAUUUGAUCAAAAUUCCAUCAAGAAUCAACUAAAUAAGAUGAAAUAUAUCAACGACGUAUAGUUUCUCUUUUUAUUUUUAAAAUUAUUCCAGUUUAACCAGUUCUGUCAGUCCAAAAAGAAAUAUGCUUACGUGUACAUGGCACACCAACCCUCAGGCCUCAAGUGAGACAAGUUGUCUGCAUAUUUAUGCUCUUUAGUCUUUACGCCUCCAUCAUGGGAAAAGGGUGAUGGUGCAGGGGUGACCCCAGGGCUCGUCCCUUGCAGCCAUGGGCCACUCUUUUCCUCGCCUGGUGGUCCCACCCUCCUUUGAUACAAUUUUUGCUUGCCUUUGCUUCUUUCUAAAUAAGACACCACUGGCCAUGAUGCAUUCUUUUCAAGUGUGAAGCUCUUUAGUUGAUUGUAAACCACUUUACUCACAUUAAGACAAGACAAUCUGCAUUGAGAUGCAUGAAAACAGAUCACUGAUUGUGUGCCUUUUGCUUUAUUCCAAUCUAUCUGGAAGGUUUCUAGCCAUCUCUUCACACUGUUCUCUGAGGUAUUAAAAAUGACAUGUUAAUUUAGAAGGCAUGUCUGAGAUUUUGCAGGUUUGCUUCUAUAAAAAUGAGGAGCUACUUUUUUUUUUCCUUUCUUUAUUUCCCCAGUAGAACUAGUAGUUUGUUGGUGGGAUUUCAGUUCAACACAUGUAUUUUGGAGCCUAGAAAAAUAAAUAAAAUAAAAUAAUCAACUGAAAUGUAUAAUUAGGCUGAAUUAAUUAUCAUCUAAAAUAUUAAGUUGCCUUCAGUUUUCUUCUCUCUCAAUUAAGAAUUUUGCGAAGGCGAUUAUUAAUGUUAGUCCCCCUAAUAUAUUCGUGUUUGCCACUUUAAGCAAAAGGGAGAUUGGACGAAGAACAUGAGCGAACCCCCAUCCCUGAAUCGGGUCCAGGUAGGAGCCAACAUUAUUAAUGUUGAUUGAUUCCUCAAGAUCGGUCUCGUGAAUUAAUCUCUUGACUAGAUAUCCUUCAAUUGGAGCACCACCAAUCAUAUUAGUUGACAUCAUUCGACAAGUUAUUUUGAUAGGUUCGAUAGUCUGGAGUGUUUAUAAUAAAAAAAAUUAGAGUGGCAUUAGGAAGGAGUUGGGUGAUAGCCUUUUCUUAAUUACCAUGUAAUUAGAUAGAUCAAAUGACUUUCAUUCUCAAAUAUGGGAUGUCACACAAAUAGAUCUUGUGAAUGUUCAUCCAACUAACUGUGGCUCAUUGUUGUCUGUAGAUCCAAUCUAUUGAACCCGAAAAAUCAGUUAGAGUAAAAUUUGCCGAUAUUUUUAGUUUUUAAUAUGAAUGUUAUCAUAAUAUUAUUAAUAAUUAGUACAGAGUGUAAAGUAAAAAAAAAAACUAAAAGAAAAAAAAUGUUUAGGCUAACAUAAGCCUGGAUGAGAACGUGAUAUAGAUAGUCUUUUCUUUCAGUUUUCUUUGUGCUUUUUUAAUGCAUCCCAAGACCUGUAAAGACUGCUCAUGUAUCCAUUUUAAUGGUUUCUCUUCUGAUUCGCUCAUGAAAAGUUAGAGACAUCAUUACAAAAAGAAAAGGGAGGCUUCUCAGGAUUGAAAGCAGAACGAGUUAAAGCUGUCUUAGCCUCAGUUUUCUCUUCUUCUUCACGAUCUCUAAAGCCAGUACACACCAGUUCAUAUGUUGUUUUGCACUACACUUGUCAUAUUGUGUAUGUGUAUUCAAAGGUUUUUUACAUCACUGUCUUAAUCUUUGUAUGUCUGUUAACACAAAAAAAAAACUAGCUGUGUCAACAAUGCAUUUAUGCGCUUAGGAUAGCUGAUGGUCAUCACCCCCUAAGUUCAGCGGCAAAAGGGGCCCAAUAUCAUUUGGCAUCCAAUUAAAGGUGCAUCAUCAACAUUCUUCCAUUUUGCUCUUGUAAUGUCAAGCAAUUGUAAAGAGCAUCUUAACAUGACUUGGAACGAGUGCUCUUUGUAGAAGGUUUCAGUUUAGUGUCUUCUGAGAACAUCCUAUUAUUUCAACGGUGUGGACGUCUGGUUCUAAGUUACUAAACAAUAUUUAAUUCUCACAACCUCUUCAGGAUAGGAGAAAUUUGUUGUCUUUUGCACAAUAAAUAUACGUACAUGGUUUUUUUUUGCUUUUCUAGUUUUCUUAACACAAAUGGGUCUUAUCUAAUUCAAUAUAAUGUGACAGAUAAGUGAGGUUAAUUACCAAAAGUAGUGUUAAUUAAGAAAAACAAGCUAAUUUUAGAUAAUAAAAGAUCAAUCUAUUAAGUUACGCUACAUAGGAAUAUAUGAAACUUUUCAAAUAAGACUCAAGUCAAAUAAUUGUGAGUAACUAGAGACAAGAAGGCAGAGAGAUGACAAAGCAAAAGUGUAGCCGGUAAAGAGAAGUUGUAAAGAGCCUCAAGCUUAUGUAGGAAUCUAAUAAAGUGUACUUUAGAAUCUUCUUAAUGUGGACAAAAGGCAAAGCCCCAAUGCAUUAAGUGAGAGGGAGUGGUGGCCUUAGGCAAGCCAUCGUCGAGGAGCCAAGGGGAAAGAAAGGGGGAAGGUGACGGCAGCAGAGAGUUCAACCAAUUAGUACCAUAAUCCUUUGGUGAUGGCUCCGGUGGGUUUGCCGCCCGGUUUUAGGUUUCACCCGACUGAUGAAGAGCUUGUAAACUACUACCUCAAGAGGAAGAUUCAUGGCCUCAAGAUCGAACUCGAUAUCAUCCCCGAGGUGGAUUUAUAUAAGUGCGAACCGUGGGAACUUGCAGAAAAAUCAUUUUUACCGAGUAGAGAUCCCGAAUGGUACUUUUUUGGACCAAGGGAUCGAAAAUACCCUAACGGAUUUCGCACAAAUCGUGCAACAAGAGCAGGGUAUUGGAAGUCGACCGGAAAGGACCGGCGAGUUUGCCAUCAAAAUCGAGCCAUUGGCAUGAAGAAGACCCUAGUCUACUAUAGAGGUCGAGCUCCUCAAGGCACGAGGACCGAUUGGGUCAUGCACGAGUAUCGCCUUGAUGACAAAGAGUGCGAGGAUACAAUGGGCCUUCAGGAUUCAUAUGCGCUGUGUCGAGUGUUCAAGAAGAAUGUGGUGUCCGCCGACGUCGAGGAGAUUCAUGGCCAGUGCAGCUUGACGAGCAUGGUGGAAGCCUCCGGCGCCGCCAUGACUAGCGUCGCCGCCACUACUGCAUCCGUUGGGUACGAGACAGCAUCACCGAUCGACAUGCCGGUCGGAUCGUCCUCGUGCGCCGACGACGACGACAAAGACGACGCCUGGAUGCAGUUCAUCACCGACGACGCUUGGUGCUCAAAUCUAUCCAACGAGGCAGCCCAAGAACAACAGGCCCCUUCAUGUGUGGCUACUGUUAACUAAUAAUAUGAUUAAUUAAUUAAUUAAUUAAUUAUCAUGAGCUCUCUAAUUUCAUACUCUAUUAUAUCAAGAUUUGGGGAAUUAUUUUAAAUAAGAAAAGAAAUCAUUUUAAGUUAUUGUAUUUACUCAGCUUGUUUGAGUUCAUCGAUCACUGGGAUUUUUAUUUUUAUGUAAUUUUUUUCUUUUGUUUGGUGGGUGAACCAAACUGUCGCA